CAGCCCCAGGAUGGCAAGCUUGCAGCUUUUGUUUGUGGGGAUCGCCGGUAUUUUAGCGAUUUUAUACAGCGGGAAGGCGUCUUGGUUAUCCAAAACAUUGUUUUAUCUGUACUAUGGGAAGACUGGCUGCAUGCCCCUGCCGGAUCUUAGCAAUGUAACACUACACUAUUUUCCAGUGAGGGGAAGAGGAGAAGCCAUACGACUACUUUUAACUGAAGCACAAAUCUCGUACACAGAAUACAAUUUCAAAGAUGUACAGUGGAGCAAAGCAAAACAGAAGGGUGUAAAAAAUGGACAAUAUUUAUUUGGACAAGUGCCAUAUUUAGAAAGUCCAUCUUCAGGAGUUGGUCUCUCUCAGAGCCAUGCAAUCAUGCACUAUCUGGGCAGAACAACAGGCAUGGACUGUGACUGUGAUAUGAUGCACAUGUGUGAAAUUUUAGCACAAGGAACAGAGGAUCUCAGGGCCAAAUUGGCAGAGGUUCUGCACAACCCAGACUUCAGCCUCAAACUCAGAGAACAAUACUUGAAUGAAACAUUACCAGUAUGGUUGGGAUAUUUUGAAAAAUUAGCACCUCCAUUAUCAAAACUGAAUGAAGCUUUCUUUGUCAAUGACCGCCUCACUUGGGUGGACUUUUUGCUGUUUGAUCAGCUGGACAGCAAUAUGGAAUUUGGAAGGUUUGAGGAGUAUCCUGAUGCCAUGUCAGUCCAUGUACUAAAAGAUUUUCCAAAACUUAGAAAAUAUUACAAUCAGAUGGCAGCCAGACCAAGAAUAGCUGCAUUUUUAAAUGAUACGAAGAGAUUCAAAUUUGCCUUGCCCAGAAGACCAAAAGAUGCAUAAGAAAAUCUGUUAUUUUAUUCUGUAACACUAUAUUUUAGUCCUUUAUCUUAACCUUAUUUAGAGUGUUUAGGUCAUGAAACUGAGAACCUCUGUAGGAGUAUUAGUGUUGAUAUCAGGUUUGGUUAUGAAGAAGUUGACCAAGAGCUGCAGGGAAGCCUGAACUCCCUUCUUUAUGGGAUAAGGUCUUUGAAGUCUAAAAAGAAUGUGUUCAUGGAGCCCUACCAUGAAGUAUGUGGCUACGAAGAAUAUUGUGGUUUUUCCAGAGAUAUAUAUAUAUAAAGCUGAGUGGGAAUCUGCCUGGUAUCCUGUUUGCAGAACCCAAGGGACAUCGACACUGAGGAAGAAACAUUCAUUUUGCACCUCUUUUUCUUUUGCUCUCACAACGAUGUGACAAAAUAGAAUACUUAUCCUUGCUGUUUAAUUUUGAAAUUCAGGUAAGAAUAUUUUGGUUUAAUGUUGCUGGUUAAAAAAAUUCUAGUGUAAGAGGUGCAACCUUAAUAUCAGUAAUGUUUUUAUUAUGUACACAAACGCAGUUGUGGUUUAUAUGGUACACACAACUAGAGUUGUAUGGCAAAGUUGACAUGGAUACUCAGUAUGUAUUAUAAAGUAUUUUAUUCAUUAUUAUUUUUCAUAUACUAUGUCAUAUGUACCACCAUUUUUGAAAACACACCCUUUUACAAGGCAUUAUUUAUUUAUUGUCAUAGAUGUAUCAUUUGCAAAAUUACAAAUGUUUGGUCUGUAGAUGAUAUACCAUCUAAUUUACUCAUAAAACAAUAUUGUAAACUCAGAACAGACUGUUUUUCAGUCAAGUACCUUUCUAGAUCAUAGUUAAAAAUGAACCUAAAGCAUAGUAGAAAAAUACAAUUGUAAAUUAUUUCAAAAUUUCAGGCCGUUUGCAGUAAAUAAUUGUCUGCUUAUGAAGAUUUUAAAAAAAGGGGCAACAGAUUUGAAACGAGGAAGGGGCUAUUGAACUAUGAUAAUGAUUGAAAACUUCAAACAAUUUUAUGAAGCAAUUACAAAAAAUCAAAAUGUUAAUUGCAUAAUGCCAUAUUUUUAGAUUGUAUCAGAUACUUUUAUUCCUUAUUUUUUUUACUGCUGAUAUUUUUAAGUAUUGAAAAAAAUAAGUAUUUACUUAGACAGUGCUAAUAUAAUGAUAUUCAGCUAUUUUGUAUCACAAAGUUCAUGCUGGUGCCCUUUAUGAAUAGAAUGCUUUAUUCUUAUAAUUCCAAAUCAGUAUUUUAGUUACUUUUGUCUAUGGAAGAUGAGCCCUCUUACUCUCAAAAAAAUUAAGAAUAUAAUGAUACAUUUGCAUAGUACGAUAAUACUUAGUUUCAGUUGCCAGAGCAACAACAAGACAUAAACCUCAAGUCAUGGAAUGCAGUCAUAGAAAAAACACACUGUCAUUGGGUAAGCACUCUAUAAGUUACAAGCAAUUUGACGGGUGCAUCUUCUAAUAUAUUGCUGUAUCUCACACAGUGCAAAAAUACCACUGCCAGGUAUGUCGUUUUACUUAUAUUUCUAUUUUUAAGUGAUUAGUCAUGGUUAUACAGAGUCAGGGGAUUGGAAAUGACUGUACAUAUACAGUAAUCACAAGGACUAGUAGAUUAAACGUUAUGCUGUCUCAGUUUAUUCUUAGUAGUAAUUUACCUCCAUUGCACCCCCCGAGUUUUACAGGAUGGUUUGCCAGUGUUAAGUCUGAAAUAGGUUGUUACCCAUGCAGUCUUGAUACAGGCACUGGGCUGUACAAUUGUCAGUUUUUACUGUCUUUUGUAUAUUAUGUAGCAGCUAAUCAAAAUGUAUGUGGUGCAUUUUUAGAAUGGUUAUAAUAACUGUAAUAAGUAAUACUCAGGAAUACAUAUGAAGCAUGUCUGUUUUAUUUUGCUUCAGUUUGGUUGUGCUCUAACAUCUUUGAUGUAUAUCCAUUCAAGAGAAAUGUUCCGGUGAAGCAGUUCUAGUAUUAUGUAUAUAGAAGUAUAUAUGAAUAGUUAAAUACACUUAAUGUAGGGUUUGAAAAACAUGAAAUUUGCAUUAAACAUUAUAAAGAAGUGCAUGUCAAUUAUAGAUCCAGACUUAAAUAUAUUGGAGAAAUUCUUUGUUGUCAUUUUGGGCAUCAUUUUAUUAUUAUUAUUAUUAUUAUUAUUAUUAUUAUUAUUAUUAUUACCACCGUAUACAAGUCUGGCUAGUUUUAUUUUAAAUUAAGCUAGGACAAUUUCUUGGACCUGGUAGGCUUUAAUGAUAUUUACUGUUGACUUGUGGCAAUGUUUGCUGUCAAAGUGAUGUGCAGAAGAAUGGAUACAGUACCCCAUGUGAGAUGAGUGAAUGAAUCCUUUUUUUUUUUUCAGGGUAAGGAGCUUCGUAUCACCUUUGUCUAUGAAUUAGUUAUUUUUCUUUAUUUUCCUUUCCUUUAUUUUAUUUUGAAAUUGCAAUAUUUUAUACUAUGAGCAAAGGUAAACAUGACAUGUUAUGAAGUGAGAUCAGUAUAUUAGAAAUGUAAGCAUUUACCACUGAACUUUAAAUGACAGAGGUUUUGUGCUGACUGAAGUGUUUUUAUCUCUUCCAACUAUGAGACAGCAGAAGCUACUUUAUUUUUUUAAGAAUUAAAUUUCAUGUCACCUCUAAUGUUAUACAUACCUCAAGCAUGCAAUACAUUAUUUUAACAGGUUAACAUAUCUAUUACUGCAAAAUUCAAGUUGGACCUAAGAAAUAUGUAUAGCUACACAAAACGGUGCCAUUGUAAUUGCACGUUUUGUAGGAUUUAGAUUGGCGUGAACAUUUUGAAUGUGAUAGAAGUUUUUAUGUAUUGUAUUUGUAUAUGUAUUUAAUAGAUUAUAUAAUUCGGUUUUGUACUAGUGCAAUCCACUCAGCCCUUCUUUUCUGACGAUUUUGAAGUGUCAUUUUAUAUUAAGUUUGUUAGUAAUUUUGAUAUUUUUGUGUUAAGUUCUUGAAUUAUUUGUCAACGUCCAUGUAGAUUUAUCAAUGCAAGAUAAGUGUUACCUCCGUGCUUAUAGGAUUUUGAAAAUGACUUGAGCAUUUUGACAGCCAGUAUUACUGUUGUUGUUUCCCUCGUGUAAUGUGGAAUAAAAAGAAUGUAGGUGUGA